UCGAGCACUGACCGAGUCAUCGAAAUAACCUGAAAACAUUACUCAAAUCUAAAAAUACGAAAUUUAAAAGUUUUCUUUCCGUAAUUAACGGUGCCAUUCAAAAAUCGCGCGUUAACUGUUCCAUGCCGUGGCUCUAACCAAUCGUUUUCAAUUAAAUUGUCAUUGCUUCGCCGGAGUGGUUGCAUAUGAUGACCGCAAAAAAAGCAUUACAUAAACAUUUGUUCUAACCUUACCACGGUCAAAGAACUCCGGACUGACGAAUCGUUUUUCUACGAUAAUCAAAACAGAGCAAGAGAGAGGAGUGUCAAUGGAUUUACAUUAUAAAUCGAGAUAAUAAUGCUGUCUUUCUUUCGCAAGUUAUCGAUCGGAGGGAAGAUAAGUGAUGGUAUAUUGCCCGAUGGAGUAAUGGGAACAGCUGAAGAUUUAGUGAGAGCUAAGAAUCAAUGCGAUUUGAUUCUUAAAGACGAAAACGAGCUCAAAGACUCAGUUUAUGAUUUGCUGAGAACGAUCCGGGAUCCUGAAAAACCACAGACUUUGGAAGAACUCGAUGUUGUCUAUGAAGAUUGUAUCCACAUUUGCAAGUCUACGCCAAGGGGAAUUUGUGUCAUUAGGGUCGAAUUUAAUCCCACUGUUCCUCACUGCUCUUUGGCCACUCUCAUCGGGCUAUGCAUUCGAGUUAAACUGGAAAGAAACUUGAUGGCUAUGUUCAAACUCGAUAUUUACAUCAAAGAGGGUGCCCAUGCGACCGAACAAGAAAUUAACAAACAAAUCAAUGACAAAGAGCGAAUAGCAGCAGCAAUGGAGAAUCCCAAUCUUCGUGAGCUGGUGGAAAAAUGUAUACGAGAGGAAGAAUGAGUUUGAGUACCUGUGCUAAGAUUUUGUAAAUAAUGAUUAAUAAGUUGGGCAGUGCGUUGAGUUCAUCUUCUUGUUGAGUCACCCAAGUGUCUCAAUAAAUUCGAUAAUUUAUAUUCUUUAUCAGAAA